AUGGAAAGCUCAGCGUCGGCUUCUGCCGAAAAUGCCGAUAGCCCUGCCAACGCACGCCCGAAAAGAUCCCGGACAGGUUGCAUCACCUGUCGAAAUCGUCGCCGGAAGUGCGACGAAGGAAAGCCGAUUUGUCAAAACUGCAUAUCAAAGGUUUUCGAGUGUCGAUACGCAGCUGCAUUUCAAAUACUUGGAAAGCAUAAUUUUACACCUGAAGUCCAGACCGAUGUGCAGUACGCGAACGUUCGUGUGAGUAUGUUUGCAAGUGAUAACGGCGGAGAACAAAUCUCGGAGAUCGCAAACCAACCAGCGAAAGCUACUGUAAGACGACAGAGCGGUUACUCUGCACAGACACAGCCGAUUGUCCUCCCAGACAGACUUGCAAGAGCAGAGCAGAUCAGUACCAAUAACCCAAGCUACUCGGGCCACACGCCUUCACCGAAUAGCUAUGAAUUCGCAUUACACGGCCUGUUAGCGCUUGGGUCUACCCCAGCAGCUAUUCGGGUAGCAGAUCUUUCCCAGACAUCAGCCGUCGGCGAAGAAUACGCCGUGUCAACAUUCGAUUUCGCCGAGGAUGUCAGUACCGACUCUAAUUUGCAUAGGAGUAGUAUAAAAGGACGGCCCGAGCCGCAUCGGACAGACACUGGGCAGUCAUCAAUAUUGGACUUCCAGAUGACGAGUGGCGGCACGCCAGGCCCAUCUACAGACUUAUCAAAUUUCGAGGUGUCGGCGGGCUUCAAUCAACUUCAUGGUGACAACUUGAAUUCUCUACUACCUGCGGGAACUCAUCCUGACCGAGCUGCACCGGCGGUUGAUAGCAUCGAGCUUUUGAAGUGCUACAGGUACAACAUUGCGCCAUGGCUAGACAUAUGCGACGCCAAUCAGCAGUUCGGUGUUGCUUUGUUGACGGAGUCAAGAAGAACACCCAUGUUACGGGCCAGUAUUGUUCAAUUGGCGGAAGCAUCAUCAAGGAAGUCCUGGGAUCGUGUCGUUGACGAAAGCACACCAGAUGGAGUUUUGCACGGAACUAGUGCAACGGAUACGACCGAGGGACUUGUUGCCGGUGUGCUGACAUUGCUCGCUGAUGUGAUAUCUGACCUUGCUGCCUCCUGGCUCAGUGCAGAUAAAGUUGAAAGUCGAAGCUAUCUUUUAGAGACGUUGUCACUCGAACUUGGCUCCUCUGAUCUCAAAACUUGCGCAUACUGGUUGUUGGUAAGACUAGAAUUGAGUCGUGCAUUGAUGGCAGGCAACAACCGUAUCUCCCUUCCUUCUCCAGCUGCACGGUCCAGAAACGGUGGCACCAACGAUACGAUUGCCCAAUACGCAUACGACGCAAUUGCCUUGUGUGUGGACUCGGUUAUGUUCGCUCAGGGCGAUGAUGAUCGUUGGCUUCAGCGACGGUACGGACUAAAUCGAGUCGAAGUAUGGAAGACUUUGGUCCAAAGUUUCGCCCAUUGGUACAUGCAUAGAGCGCAGGCCUUUCAGCCCAUCAUUGAGCUAUAUUGCAAGGAUGGAGUUCUGACCGACGAUGACUUUCCGACAAUUGUGUUCACCAGCGGUGGCGCACUACUCGCAAAUCAGCUUUACCAUACAGGCAUGCUCCUUCUGCUGCAGAACAGACCUCGAUUUGCGGAUAAACCAAGUCAGCAUUCGCCCUCGAUACUAACUGGCUGGAACAUAAGACCAUUCGUUGAUCAGCUAAGAACCGAAUGGCAGCUAGCUGAUGACUGGCAAGACUGUCAGAAUCACCUUACCACUUCUGUGGUCUGA